GCCGGAAGGACUGUCACAUCCAUAGAGUGCAGCCGGCGUGUGACUUGUCAGAAGGGACCGGGAGCCGCUCUACCCCCCUCCGCUCGCCUCUCCAUCCCAUGUCCCAGCCCAGACACCGCCGAUCGCCGCCUGCAUGGGAAGCCCUCUCCAGUGAAGUCGCCCGAUCUGCCUUGGUUGGAUAACACACGGCGAUGUGGAUGGGGCCCCGGGCAUUGGUGCCGCUGCUGGUCGCCUCUGCAAUGGUGUGGAGUGCUUGUGAAGCUUCACUAACGCCAAUCAUUGGAGAGAUUGGUGGACAAAUCCUUCUACCCUGCACUGCUGUGAAAGACGGUGUAAAAAAUGUGGCCUGGUUUUUGGAGAGUUCUACACAAGAAUUACUAAACUGUGACAAAAAUAGUUCAUCAGAUUUCAGGUUCCUGAGGGACAACGUGAGUUCUCUUGUAAUAACGAAUGUGAGCCUGGAAGAUGGAGGGAACUAUGGAUGCAGAGACUGUUCACAGACCGCAGAAUCGAAGCCACAAAUACAGCUAAUUGUCACAAGUGGCCCUCACAAUGUGACAUUUAAGAUAUCUCCAACCAACAUUUUGCCAAAUGGUACACUUUAUACAUCAGUUGGUUCUAGCUUGAACUUCAGCUGCACCGCGGAUUCCAUUCCUCAGCCCGAGAUAGGUGUGUUUUUCUAUGCUCCGGAUAACAGUCCAGAGCUGUUUAACAGCGCAAAUGGAAGCUCUCUUGAGUUCUCUAUGCUCCACUUUCCUCGUAAUUACCAAGGAAUCUACAAUUGUUCAGCAGAGAAUCAGGCAAGCCGUAAACGUAUCUUCUCUACUCUGCAGCUUCUGGUCUAUUAUGCACCAACACUUCCUAUACAGUGCAGUGCCAACUACACAGGGAUAAGCGAUGAAGUAGCCUUACUAUGCAGCUGGCCUGGAGGGUAUCCGGCUCCUAUACUGGAAUGGGAAAAAGAUGGCAAAACCCACUUUAACGACACUUCGGACAUGCUGAUGGCUUCAUUAAAUGGUUCUCAGUUCAGCACUGGCCAAAUACUCACAUGUAGAGGAAAACAUCAGAUAGCAAACAAUGUGAAAGAAGAUCAUUGUGAAGUUCAGUUAGGUCUUCCUCUGCUACAGUCCCAACCCCUGAGAAGCUGCGUGACAGGAGAAAGUGUGACACUCUCGUGCUCCGUAUCAGGUGCUAACCCCCUUGCUACAAUAACAUGGCUACGUAACCUGAGCACUCCUGAAGUGGAGCUCCAACCAGGGAAGAAAUACAAGAUCAUCCAGGACAGUACAGUCUCCUACCUCACCAUUGUGAACUGCUCUCAUGAAAGCGAUGAGGGAUAUUACAUCUGCAAAGCAGUGAACGGCCUUGCCACCAGAGAUCUUUAUGUAUGGCUUUCAGUAAACAAGCCUAGUAAUAUCGUGGGACUUGUGUCUGCUCUGCUGAUCCUCUUUUUGCUGGUGGUAGGCCUUAUUAUAGGCAUUAUAAUAUACUGUGAUCCUUGGGUCUACUGGAAAGCAAACCCUUUCAGGUCCGGCCAAUCUGAAGUCUUGGUUCUUGUAGAAUCAGAAGAGGAAGAUGAAACGGAACAAGUAGGAAAUUCCACUGAAAAUGCUGAAAAUGGUCAUUAUACAGACAGUUGCGCUAACCCUCCAGCUGCAAAUGGAAAUAUCUGUAAACACCAAGUGUUAUUUCACUAUCCGCCUGCUGAUAUCAAUUCUGACCUAGACAAUGAAGUCUCACAAGACAAGGAAAGUGAAAUUCCAGAGGAAGAGCUUUAGAGUUCCCUGAUCUAUAUCUUUAGACCUUCCACUUGAAUUCAGGUUGCACACAGUCUACUAAAGAGCCUCCUAACAGAGGAAUAACUCCUACAGUUCUGGCCCUGCUGCAAUGUACAAACACAGGACUGUUUAUGUGGACCGAGUGACAGGGUCAAGAUCCAUUUUAAUGAGAGUCUCAUACAAAGAUGUAUGUGUGUACAGCUGGAGCAGAUUAUUGGACACAUUUAUGCAAUAUUAAUUUCAUGACAGCCAGCUAUAGUGUUGUGUUUACCAGGAAAGAGUAAUCUGAAGGCAUAGAAAUGGGAGCACAGCUGUUGUCUCCAGGAACCUUCCUAGGGAAAAUGCAAUGCCCUCACCGCAUAAAGAUGCUUAACUUGUGAUUGCAGUACUGCUGAUCCCAAAAACUGGAGGCUUUACAUUCAGUAGGCAGAGAUAAAAUGCUGUGGCUCACUUCUUGCUGGCAACUGAGCCUUGAAAGGCUAAUAUAAGGUACCCAUACAUUAGAGAUUAUUCUAGUUCUAUGAUGGGCUAGAAGACCCUGUAAAAGUCACUGUUACCUAUUAUGCACAUUUAUUGAACAGUGCCUAGUCAGAAUGUUAUAUGAACUUUUCCCUCCUGUCUGAUUGUUUACAUCCAUUGUCACUGAUCUGAUCUUGGUCUGACUCCAUACAUGGUCAUAUCUUUGUACAUUUGUGUUGAAAUAAUUCAGAUUUGCACUCUUUAAGUAAUGAUAGCCCCUUAAAAAUUAGUUGGAGCUGAACCUCAGGGCCCAUUUGAGUCAAUGGAAAAUAUUGUGAAAGGGUCUGACAUGAUUAAAUUCUAGUAUGGCAUGUCGGUACAUUAGAGAUCACUAGUCUAAGUCGGUACAUUAGAGAUCGGUACAUUAGAGAUCACUAGUCUAAGUCGGUACAUUAGAGAUCGGUACAUUAGAGAUCACUAGUAUAAAUGAUAAGAAAACUCAUGUGCCAGAACCAAGCUGGAAAAAUGUAGAUGUGUGCUUUUGCACAAUGACAAUUUUACAGGCUUUUGUAGCUUAGUCUAAGAAAUAGAUAAACUAUAUUACCAAAAGUAUUAGGACACCGGCCUUU